AUGAAGAACAAAGUCAUCCCAAACCCUAUACUUCCAGCGGAGGGAGUCCGCAGGAGCAACGCAGCGGACGGUGGUGCUUGUCCUCCUUCUGGAGGACACCAUGACGACAGGACCUCAAACCCUGGGAAACCAGGGAGGGUCUUGUCCGAUUACAGCACCCUGCCCAAUUCACUCAUGCGCUGUCGGAGACCAUUUGUAAUGGGAACCUUCAACGCAUGUACAGUGAGAGAAGAAGCUAGAUUGGUGGAGCUAGCACACUGUGCUGAGGAGCGGGGAGUGGAGAUCCUGGGGGCCCAGGACGCAAUAGGCGGCGUGGGGCUAAUGCUGGGUUCUCGGGCGCGUAAGGCUCUCCGUCGGAUUUUCCACCACACCGACAGGAUCCUUAUCGCAGAGUUCUCAGGCAACCCAGUAAUAACAGUCAUAGUCGUGUACACCAACGUGGCCCCAACUGAGGAGACGGAGAAGUUCUUCGAGGACCUGGCAAAAGCCGUACGAGGUGUUCCAGCACACAACUUCCUGGUAAUCCUGGGGGACUUUAACGCAAGGCUCGGACCAGAGGACACACCCUUCCCAUACCACGACUCUACCAACCGCAAUGGUGCAUACCUCACUACCCUUCUCACGGAGCACGAACUACUGGCAGCGAACACCUUGUUCCAGAAAAGACAAGGCAAGAGAUGGACCUUCCAGGAUCGAGCCACACGUAUGGUACGCCAACUGGACUACAUACUUGUGAGGAGAAAGUGGAGGAACUCCAUCCUUAAUGCCGAACCAUACAGCUCGUUCAGCUCGGUGGGUUCGGACCACCGUGUGGUGUGCAUGAGGGUGCGACGCCUAGUCCCAAGAUCCGGCACGAUUGGAAGGCAUUCUCAAACGAUCCUGGCCUUCAAACCAGGUACACUGAGGAAGUCAGGAAUCGUUUCCAGCAGCUGGACAAGGGUGCAGAGCCCAGCAGCGAAUAUAUGA